AUGGAGCAGGGAUACGUCCUCGCGCCCACAGUCUUCAGUCUUAUGUUCUCUGCUAUGCUGAUGGACGCCUAUCGUGACGAACGCUCCGACAUCCGCAUCGCCUACAGGACGGACGGCCACCUCCUCAACUACAGGUGGAUGCACUUCCAGUCACGUAUAUCCACAAUCACUGGCUACGAACUCCCCUUCGCCGACGACUGUCCCCUUAACACCUCCACGAAAGGAGGCAUGCAAAGGAGCAUGGACCUUUUAGCCGUCGUCCGCGAGAACUUCGGCCUGAUCAUAAACACGGAGAAAACGGUCGUCAUGCACCAACCGCCACGCAACACUGCCCACAAUGCGCCGCAAGUCAGCGUGGACGGAAACCACCUGCAAGUGGUGAACAAUUUCACAUAUUUGGGCAGCACCCUCUACCGCAGCAACAGAAGCGACGAUUAA